UGUUAGGAAGAGGAGCUGACAGUCCAGGCAGAACUUCAUUCCUGGGGGGAAGAGCGAGGAACUUUUAAAACCUGGAUGGGAAGAAAGAAACAAAACAACCAUUGUUUUAAUUGGAUGAAUAUUAUGUAGAGGUGGUGCGAAGAACUAUCAAGUGAAAUACUCAUUAUAUGAUCUGUCUGGCAACUUAUCAAAGAUUCUUUCCCAGUGAUGAUGGACAGGCAGACCUGCCAUAGCAAGAUCACAGUGACGGGAGAAGGGCGAGGCAUGUGCUUCUCUGACUUCGCCCAGUCUUCUCCAGAGCACCCUCUCCAGUUCGACAUGGUCUGCUGUGCCCUGGGCUCUGUCGCCGUGACAACGGGCCAACGCUACUGGGAGGCCGACGUCCGCUGCUGCUCCGCCUGGGCUGUGGGCGUGGCCUACGGCUGCCUGGACAGGAAGGGGCGCGACAAAAGCGCCAAGCUGGGGCGGAACAGAAACUCGUGGUGUGUGGAGCUCAGGCAUGGCCGUCUCUCCGCCUGGCACAACGACAGGCACGUGUCGUGCUCCGCAAGCGGGCGAGGGGUGCCAGGCAGGGUGGGCGUGUGGGUGCACUACGAGAAGGGAAAGCUGGCGUUCUACGAUGCCGAGACUAUGAAGGUCCUGCAGGAGUUCUCUGCAGCCCUGACGACCGUGUUUGAUAGGGUGCAUCAUCAGUUCACUGAGCCCCUGUACCCUGCGUUCUGCUUCCUAAGACCAUCAGAGGGACAGGUGUGGCCCAGCCAUAUGGAGAUACGGGACAUCAACACUCCCAUAGCGAUCCAUAAAUGUCAAUAAGCAUUGUUCGAUACGCACAGUCAUGUACUGUUCAAAGUGUGUGCUCUACUCUCAACUCAUUGCUAUGCUGGUUUUGUUCACUCAUAACAAAUAUUCAUCUGCACAAUGCAUUGUGUGACCUUGUCAAAUAAAACUGACCUGAAGUUUACAGCCAGUAGCAGACUUUUCAUGGGGUCACCUUUACCUUCCUGGUUUCUUAGCUUGAUUAGCUCAUGGAGUCUGGAAGAAACAGUGAAAUAAACAAUCACACAUAAUAACAAUCAAUCCCAGAAACACUUAACAUUGUAAUACAGAACGUCUGUACUUAUAAUUAUUGGCUAUGAUGCUUUUGAUGGAUAUAUUUAAAAACACAACAAGACGAAUCACAACAACUCAAAGAGCGUAACAAAGCACUUGAAUCUAACCUAAAACACCAGAUCAUGAUCAGUAGGCACGAAGUGGAAGAAAACACCCUGGAAAGGCAUGAAGCAGGAGGUACUAUGUGGACCUAUCUUGCAAAACAUUUGACCCUGAUUAACAUGACCCCUGUUUAAACAACAUGACGGACAGGAAGUCCAAAUCAAAGCCCUCACCUGGGCGUCCCGACACAGAGAACCUUCCUGUAGCCCCGAUUGGCAAUGUUAUCCAACAGGAAGUGACAGCUGUGGUCAGCGAACAGGUACUGGGUGUUACUCUUCUUGUUCUCCAAGGGUUUCAGCAUCAGACUGGGCCUGCUCAGCCGGGCCUCUGUGAUGUCAUCUGCCUGUGACAUCUUGUGAAGGGCGUGGCCUUCCCAUUCUCCCGUUAGGAAGAGGAGCUGACAGUCUUGGCAGAACUUCAUUCCUGGGGGGAGAGCGAGGAACUUUAAAAACGUGGAUUGGUGACAUCUUGUGAAGGGCGUGGCCUUCCCAUUCUCCUGUUAGGAAGAGGAGCUGACAGUCUAGGCAGAACUUCAUUCCUGGGGGGAGAGAGAGGAACUUUUAAAACCUGGAUGGGAAGAAAGAAACAAAACAACCAUUGUUUUAAUUGGAUGAAUAUUAUGUAGAGGUGGUGCGAAGAACUAUCAAGUGAAAUACUCAUUAUAUGAUCUGUCUGGCAACUUAUCAAAGGUACUUAAGAGUUUUUUUAUUUAACAUUUAUUUAACUAGGCAAGUCAAAUUCUCAUUUAACAAUGACGGCCUAGCCCGGCCAAACCCUCCCCUAAACCGGACGACGCUGGGCCAAUUGUGCGCCGCCCUAUGGGA